CAGCUGCAGCCUUUCGGACGGGAGGCACGUUUACAGCCUUUGAUGCAUAUAAAUUAACAUUUUAAUUUCAAAAACAGUAUCACAAUACAAGAAAAUCCUAUUGGUAAAUGACUCUCUACAUAUCUGCGUGCACGCUAAGUCGCUUCAGUCGUCUCUGACUCCAUGCGACCCCAUGGACUAUAGCCCACCAGGCUCCUCUGUCCAUGAGAUUUUCCGGGCAAGAAUACCGAAGUGGACUGCCAUGCCCUCCUCCAGGGGAUUUUCCCAACCCAGCCAUUAUUUCCUGAUUCACAUCACCUGUCUUGGAAGUUUAAAGGUGUGGAACUAAGGCAGAAUACACUGAACCAGGAAGGUUCAAAGGAGCGAUAUAAGUACAAUCUCUAAGAAUGGCCUCACUGAGCUCCAGCCUCUGGAAUGAAACCACUACAUCUGUUUAUCAGUACCUUGGUUUUCAAGUUCAAAAAAUUUACCCUUUCCAUGAUAACUGGAACACUGCCUGCUUUGUCAUUUUGCUUUUAUUUAUAUUUACAGUGGUUUCUUUAGUGGUGCUGGCGUUUCUUUAUGAAGUGCUUGAUUGCUGCUGCUGUGUGAAAAACAAAACUGUAAAAGACUUGAAAAAUGAACCAAACCCUAUUAGAAGUAUGAUGGACAACAUCAGAAAACGUGAAACUGAAGUGGUCUAGUACUCUACACAGAACGAACAAAAGCUCUGAAAACAGUCUUCAAUUACUGAGAGAGAAAAAAGAAAAACUUCUGAGACCAGCUGUUAAAAUACUGACUAUGAAUAAUUAAAAGAUUUCUACUAGAAGGGAAAAACAAGCUAAAUAUGCACUUUUUGUGUCUGUAUCUAUUUCAUUAAAUAUACAAUAAAACUUUGACAAAUGUGA